AUGGCUCCCUCUGCCAGCCCCGUCUUCAGCCCAGAGCAGGUGCAGCUCUUUGACUCGGACUCCGACUGCACCACCCUCAUCGAGGAUGUGACACAGCCGAUGCGCGUGCGCAUGACCGCCCUCGUCCGGCGCACCCAGCGCGAGAUCAUCGCGGCCGUCGAGCAGCUCGAAGCCAAGGCCCACAUGGAGGAGCUGUCCAAGCUGAAGACCCGGCAGCAGGCCACGACCGACGGCGCCCCGGCCAAUCCCCUCGACGCUCUGAUUUCCCCGAGCGCGGAUUUCGCCCGCGAGGACCCCGUCACGGCGGUCAUGCUGACGUCCGACAUGCCGGCCGCCGGGUCUGACGCCGCCACCUUCUUCCAGGACACCUGGCUCCGGCCGGAGGGCGGCGCCGGUUGGUCUUGUGUCCUCUCUCGUGGUCGGGUUUUCGAGAAGGCCGCGGUCCUGGUGAGCGUCGUCCAUGGCCAACUCACCAAGUCGGCCCUGGAGCAGAUGAGCGCUCGCGGGCGCCCCGUGUCCCCGGAUCGGCCGGCUCUCUUCUUCGCCGCCGGCUUGAGUCUGGUCAUUCACCCGCACAACCCCCACGCCCCGACGGCGCACCUGAACUACCGCUUCUUCGAGGUGUAUCACACCGAGACCGCCGGCAGCACCUGCAUCGCCGGUCUCAACCCGGUGGCCUCCUGGUUCGGUGGCGGUGCCGACCUCACCCCGAACUACGUCACCUGCAUCGCCGGUCUCAACCCGGUGGCCUCCUGGUUCGGUGGCGGUGCCGACCUCACCCCGAACUACGUGUACGCGGAGGAUGGCCGGCACUUCCACGGGGCCUACAAGUCGGUGCUGGACCAAUUCGAUGCCGACCUCUACCCCACCAUGAAGCGCACUUGCGAUGACUACUUCGUCAAUGUCCACCGGGUGACGCGCACCCCGGAGGCCGCGGCCGCGGCCGCCAGUGCCCCCCUGCGCUGCGGUGCCACCCUCGACCCGAUGCCUCACAACUCCCGCAUGCCCGAGACCGGGCCCUCGGUGACGCACGAGCGCCGUGGCAUCGGUGGCAUCUUCUUCGAUGAUAUGGAUCAGCUCCCGGACCUGCCGGGCGCCUUCGCCAUGGUCCAGGCCCUGGCUCAGACCUUUGUUCCCUCGUACCUGCCGCUGGUGGACGCCCGCCGCGAGCAGGCCUCCUCGGCCCGGCACCGGCGCUGGCAGCAGCUCCGCCGCGCGCGCUACGUCGAGUUCAACCUCGUCCAUGAUCGUGGCACCAAGUUCGGCCUCGCCACCCCCGGCGCUCGCAUUGAGUCGGUGUUGGCUUCCCUGCCGCUGACCGCCCGGUGGGAGUACUGCCCUCCGGAGCCGGAGCCCGGCACCCCGGAGGCCGAGGCUCUUGCCAUCUUCCGCCAGCCCAUUGAGUGGGCAUAA